AUGCCUAGAUAUCUAAGAGCCGAUGCAACUCCCCUUUCACCUGAAGCAAUUUGCGAGAUUAUGAAUGCUAAAUAUACAAAAAAUGUAUUAUCAGUUUUAGUCAAAAAGUAUAAAAUAUCAAACACACGUAUUUAUAAAAUUUGGCGAGGACAAGAAUACUAUGCUGGUCUUACAUUUAAGGUUGAUCAAAAUCAAAAUAUUGAUUGGGAUAAAGAAAUCGAAAAAUGGCUCCGUAUUGUAGGAUUGGUCAAGAAUUCGUCUGCACCAACAAUAUUACCUGAGAAUCCUAACUGA